AUUUUUCCCCAUUCUUCCUUUUCUCUUUCUUCCACUCACUCGGCUGAGCGCUUCCAUUUUUCUUCUUUCUUCUUUUUUUCUUCUCUUAUCUUUUUCUUACUUUGUCUUUUUUGCCUUUUGCUGCUGCCCUGCCCUCGUGUGUUCAGGACUUUGCUCCGAAACCGCACCCAGAACCGCAGUUUGGCUUUUUUUUUUUUUUUUGAUAAUCUUCUCUCUUCUCCCCUGCCGUACGUAGGGGGGACCUUUCUCUUACUCGUUCGCUUGCGAGCUUUUUCGGCGUGGAAAGCACCUCAGCAACAAAAGCAACGUAGCCCGGAGUCUGUGCGGAGGUUUUCAGACUCUGUUUUAAGGGUUUCUCGCGCGAUAUCCAUUCUUUCUUUUCUUCUUUGUUCUCAAGCCCCUCCCUUCUUUUCCAUCGGACGCCACCCGCCGUGUUCACUUCCUAAAAGCCCCGAGUCUCUGCAAGUCCAGUCUUUCGUGUGAGGGGCACAAGCUUGAAGCGGCAAGUUCGCACCUCGUUUCAAAAAACCAAAAACAAAAAACCAAAAACAAAAACAAAAGCCGCCCCAUGCCUGACAGUCCCACGGCGGUCCUGUCGCCGUCCUUCAACAUGCUGUCUCCCAUGAACACCAGCAGCAGCAGCAGCAGUAGCAUCAGUGGUAGCAGUAGCAACAACAAUCACAUGGGCAGCCAUCUCCAUCACCACCCGCAGCACCUCGCAAUGGCGUCUCCUUCAGCCUUGGGAGGCGGUUCUUUGUCGACGCACCAUCUGCUGGCAUCGCCCACCGUUCCCGUUGCUUCGCCGACCGCUGCUGCUGCUGCUGCUGCUGCUUCGUCCUCGUCCCUCUACCACCUGCAGCACCUGCACCACCUGCAGCAGCAACAACAGCAGCAACAACAACAACAACAGUCGCCAUCGUCGCAGCGAGCAAUGCAGCAGCAGAUGCUGGUGACUGCGAGCAGCAGCUGCAGUUCGCCCAGCAUUCCGACGAUGCCAACCGCCGCUGCCGCCGCCUCGGCCGCCUCGUCCUCCAGCGGGGCAACCAGUGCCGCUGCCCUCGAUAACUUCAUGUCGUCGUCGUCGAUGAUCCUGCAGCCCUUGCCCCCGCUCUCCGUCCUCCAGCAGAACUACAACUUGCUCUCCAAGAUGCUGCAAGCGCAUUCGCAGGACCACGAUUCUAACGCAUACACGGAAAUCGCGGCGGGCUUACUCGCGCUGGAACAGCAAAUCUCGCUUCUGCAGCGCUAUCCCAUGCACCAGCAGCAGUCCCAGCCGUCCUCUGCGAGCGAGACUGGCAUCAGUGCUUCAUCCUCAAACUCGUCCAUCUCGUCGUACACCAACUUGCCCUUGCAAACAUCGGUGGCGUCCUUUGCGAGCGCCAACUCGUUCCGACAGUCGUCGCAGCAGAAUCUGGCCGCGCUGGCGUCUCCACGCGAGCACGCACUGCUCGAUGGCAUUGGCGCCAUGCACAUUGCCUCGCCCAUUAUUGGAGUGCAGCAAAUGCCCAGCAGGCGCCCUUCCAUCAUGGAGGAAGAAGAGGAAUCGGCUGGCGAGUCGUCGGCCACAGCCGCUCAAUCGCAGCAGCCUUCAUUGCAGCUGCAGCAACAACAGCAGCAACAACAACAGCAGCAGCAACAACAACAACAGCAACAACAACAGCACCAGACCCAAAUAAUGAGCGCGGCAGCCAAACGCUUGUCGCCAGGCACGAUGCGACGUGCAUUCAACGCCUCGCCCACAACGAGCAUGACCAUGAACAUGGCUCUCUUGAACAGCCUUGGUCAAAGCGUGACCCCGCCGACCUCGGCGCCCAUUGCCACAUUCACCGCCACGCACUCUGUUGGAUCGGCGCCGCCAAUCUCGUCGUGCAACACGCUCAUUGACGAUGAAACGGCCAUCUCGCUCACAGAACAGCUGCGUCAGCAGAAUCAGGCCACCAUGAUGCAGGUGCACUUCCUGCAGCAGCAGCUCGCUGCCUUUGAAAAGCAAAAGCUGCUCCAAACCCCGAACGGCGCGCUGGAUGCCUCGGCCUCGCCGCAGUCCAUGACAAGCCCCAUCAUGUCUGGCAUGGCUGGUAGCAACUCGAGUCUCAAUAGCAAUGGCAGCGCCAGCAGCAGCAGCCAGCAGCAGGCCAACAAUCGGCGGCGCUUCAAUUCCCUCGACUCGAACAAGCAGCCCGACCCCGCAACGCUCGGCCCUCACCCCGUCAGCAUGUCCCCUUCUAUGCAGCGACGCCAGCAUGUCGUUUCUAACAACAACAUGGCACCGCCGGUUGCCGGAAUUCUCAAGCCGCCGCAUCGCCGGCGUCGUGCCAACUCGGACACCUCCACCAUGCAAGCGGUGGCAGAGUUUGCCAACCUCCCGCUCAAGGCACGCAAUCUGCCUGCGUCCUUUUUCGAGCCCAAGGCGCGCCAGCGUCCCAAUGCUUCCCAGUCCCUUGCCCGAAACAACAGCACGGUCAGCGCAACGGACGCCCAGCAGCUGCAGCAGCUAUUGAGCCAAAUGCCCGCCGGAUCUGGCAUUGUCAUGCCACCUACACCCGCAGGCUCGACGCCAGACAUGAGCUACAGCAUGCCAGACUCUUCGCGCUCGUCCUUUACCACCACCGACGCGAAUGGCGUGCAGAUGAUGAUUAGCAGCACUGCGGUGGGUCACAAUGGUGCCACAGUGAUGCGUCGCGGGAGCUCGCCUAGCACACUCGGUUCCGGCUUGAGGAAGGCAGGGCCAGAGGAUGCUGAACACCCGCUCGUCCGCCGCGCGUCUGGCUCCAACUCGCCCGGCAUCGUUGGUCCCUGGGCAGGCAACGGCAACGCACGCGCACCGCUGCUGGGUUCGAGCGGCCCUGUCUCUGGGCGCCGCAGCUCUGCAUCGUCCAUUUUCCAUGCCAACAAUCAUCACAUGCAGGGUGCUACGUCCGGCACAUCUUCUCCAACAGCCAUUUCACCUUCCUUUUCGCAGUAUGGUUUCCCCUCCACGGUCCAGACCAUCCCGGAAAAUGAGGUGAAGGGCCAGGACGAGCUGCAGCAAGUCUACCAAUCCAUGAUUCAGGCGCAGCAGGUGCACCUGCAGCAAAUUCAACAGCAACUGCCCCGCAACAGCACUAUGGCGCAGCAGCACCAACAGCAAAUCCAGCAACUUCAGCAGCUGUUGCAAUCGCCAGAGUAUCAAGCUGCAUUCAUGUAUGGUCUAGCAACUGCCGAGCGCUCCGCCGAGUCACAGCCCAUGGCCACGGACAUGCAGGAGCAACUGCAAUUUUUGCAACAGCUGCGACAGCACGAGGAGCAACAACAACAGCAGCUGCAGCAAGAGCAACAACAGCCACAGCUCUUGCAGCUUGAAGCCCCAGCAGCAAGCAACCAAGUGCUCAACGACCAAGAAUCCGUCAAUCAAAUGUUCAAGGCUCUUGCCGAGCAGUUCCAACAGCAACCAGAGCAGCAACCUGAAAUGUUGCCUCCGGUCUCCUUGGGGCAGCACGACUCGCUUCCAGGAGUUGACGCCGACAUUGGCGAUUCGGAACUCGCAGCCCUCAUGGUCGAUCCGGACCUGAUGACUCUGCUCUCCGGUUCUACCGUGUAAAUUUUCCCGGUCAUCUACGUGAUUUCCUCGUAGAUUUUUUUUUUUUUCAAAAAACAAAUUUUUUUGCUUGUCGAUGAAAUUUGAGUCUCUUUGAGGCGAUUUGCGGGUUGGCUCUCUUAACCGCUUCAACGAGUUGUGAAUCAUUAUUCCGUCGUGCGAUUGUGUUUUGGUUUCCUUUCCCAUCCUUUAUUUCGAGCGGCUCAUCUUGUUGCCCAUUCUCUUCUUCUUCUUCUUCGUCUUUGGUGUGUUUUGUCGGAUUGAGUGAUGUUUCGUUCUGUUUGUUUCCGUGCCCAUUGUUACGCUUUGUUUUGUUCUAUCAAUAGAUUGUCAAUCUAUUUGAAACUAAUACAAAACCAUAACUAUCAA